AUGGGUCUUGGUUUCAGCUCCCAGAAGUCCCAGAUCUACUUUCCCGCGACACCUGCAAACGUGAAAGUACGGAGAGCUCGGGGAUCGAAAGAGACGAUACUUUGUUCGUUGCGGAAAAUCAUAGAGCGCAGGUGCCCUGCCUUAUUUGAGGACUUUUCGCCUGCUUGGUGGUUGUUCAAUGGACAUUUACAAACAUUAUAUUGCGUUGCCGGAGAAUUCUCUCACAUAGACAAAAUAAAAUACGACAGAACCUACCUUCACUUGCUAGAUGGUGGAACAUUGUCCGAAUGCCUCGAUUUCACGUCAACUCAUGAAGAUUUAGCGGACGAUUCGCCUAUCCUUAUAGUUCGAAGCUCUGAUCUCCUGUCUGUAGGUGGCUACGAGGCCUAUAUCCGGGCGAUUCUAGCACCGGCUUGCUCUUCUGUAGAGAAAGGUGGUCUUGGGUACCGAGGAGUGGUCGCCAAUAUCCGUGGCUGUGCUGGCGUACCAGUUCAUGGAGGUCCGACCGAUGACUUGCGGCAGGCGCUUCUUUAUAUAUCAAAACGCUUUCCUGCUGCGCCCUUAAUUGGACUCGGAUUCUCACUUGGCGCAAACAUCGUUCUACGGUAUCUUGCCGAAGAGAAGGAGCUAAGUCGAUUAUCGACUGCCUGCAUUCUGAGCUGUCCUUGGCAUCUAAAGAUCAAUAGUAAAAUAACAGUGUCCAAUCUUCUCGGUCCUUACGGCUACGUUAGCGCGAGGGGGAUCCACGACAGCCUCGUACGAUUUCUUACGAUUCACUUCGUGCCGACGUUCACGCAGGCACCUUUCCACGAAGCAUUAAUGACAGCCACGGUAUCCCGAGAAUCGACAACACUCACGCAAUUCCACUAUCAUUCUACCCGUCCCCCAAAUAGCAGUGUACCGCAGGCGUAUGACUUUGCCACCGUGAAAGAUGACGCUACAUGGGCGUCUAGCCUGGCUGACGUACGAGUUCCGCUGUUAACGCUGAAUGCGAAGGAUGACCCAAUCGCUUACACCUCCCCUGCCGGGGUGGAAAAUGAACAUGUCUGUAUGGUUGUCACGCCAGGAGGUGGACACCUUGGAUGGUUCGAGUCCUGGAACACCCGAUGGGUUGCGAGACCGGUCUUACAGUGGUGUAAGAUGAUAGUGGAAGACUUCGUGUUGGAACCGAAGUCUGGAAGAGAGACAUAUAUUGCGGAGGGCGGUUUCUUGAAGGAAGUGGGCCAAGAUCAUAUUGGAUGCAUGGAGAUUGAGGGGGGCCUAGAAGGCAUGAUAGUCGGAAUGAACCCGGAGGAAUUUUCUUUUGAAUGA